CAGUUACCUCCUCGACUCGGAGGCGAACGCUCACCCCGGCCCACUUACUGCCGGCUAUUCCGUCCAGCAUGGCCGUCCGACCCCUCGGCAGCUCCGUCUGCCUGCUGGCGCUACUCUGUGCGGUCUCCCGGUGCGCACUAGCCGACAGCGACUCCGGUGCUGGCACCAGAGACGCGCUGGAUGAUCUGCUGGCGCUCGUCAAUCGGGCAGUGAGAGAGACUGUGGACCCCAUCUCCGCCGAGCUCCGCAGCCAGCGCGAGCUGAUGAGCGACAUCUUGAGCAGGCUUAGCAGCCAGGACGCCCGCACUGACCAGCUGAACUUACGACUGAGUGAGCAGCAGGAUACCUUCAACUCGCGACUGGACCAGCUCAACGUAAGGCUGGACACCAUUAGUGCCCAAUCUUUCUCUCAGCUGGACUCUAUGCGGUCUGCCCUUGUCACUCAGGCAGAAUCGGCCAAUGCUCGACUUGAUACAAUUCAAGUUGCAUUUGACUCUCAAUCUAAAUCAGAUAAUACUCGGCUUCAUUCUAUCCAGGAGGCCUUAGAGUCUCAAAUUCAGACCGUCAAUGCCCGGCUUAACUCCUCUCAGGAGGCUAUGGAGUCUCAAUUUUCACCCGUCAAUGCUCGGCUUGAUUCAAUGCAGAAGGCUUUGGAGACUAAACCCCAACCCGUCAAUGCUCGGCUUGAUACCAUUCAAGACGCUAUAGAGUCUCAAUAUAUGUCCAUCAAUUCUCGACUUGAUUCUAUGCAAAAGGCGCUGGAGUCUCAGCUUCAGCCAGUGAAGUCUCAACUCGUCUCAAUCCAGACUGAGCUUGGUUCUCAGCUAAAUUCGUCCAACAGCCACCUCAGAAAUCUGCAGUCUGAACUUGACACUUCGCUGGACUCGGUUACCUCCCGACUGGAGUUGUUCGGCACACGAGUGGCCAAGCUGGCAGCGGCACAGCAGAACGCCACCACCGGACCACACGACUGCAGCGAACUGCCAAGCGGCUCCCCCAGCGGGGUCUACACUCUGCGUCUCGGAUGCUGCCGCUCGGACCCGGUGGAGGCAUUUUGUGAUAUGGAGACGGACGGAGGGGGCUGGACCGUAUUUCAGCGACGCGCAGACAUUCUGCCCAGGGAGGACUUCUAUCGGAACUGGACCGAGUACAAGGACGGCUUCGGAGACCUAUCAGGAGAGUUCUGGUGGGGGCUAGAGAAACUGUGGCUGGUGACAGGGACGAUGGGAAGGCGAUAUGAUCUGCGCGUCGAUCUGGAAGAUUUUGACGAGGAGAAGAGAUACGCACGGUAUGAGGACUUUAGAAUUUCGUCAGAGUUUGACGGAUACCGAGUAACGGGUGGAAACUACACAGGCAACGCUGGAGACAACAUGGAUUAUCACUUCAGACAGAAGUUCACGACUGGGGACAAAGACCAGGACAGUGACUCCGGUAAAAACUGCGCGCAAGCCCGUGAGAGUGGCUGGUGGUUUAAACAUUGUUACCAGGCAAAUUUGAAUGGAGUGUACCUAUCGGGAGAACUUAAUGAUACGGAGUGGAGAGGAAUCGUUUGGCAGGCGUGGAGAGGCUACCACUACUCCCUCAAAAGUGUUGAAAUGAAAAUACGUCCGUAAAGUUGCAGGGUCCGGCUACUUUUGGAAAGGGCUUGGAGAGCAUAAGGACCCAUGUUUUAUAUAUCAUUUAUUUCUUCUUUAACUAUUUGCGUUCCUGUUUCAUGUUUGCAUAUUUAUUUAUCACGAAUAUCGACGCGAAAUUCUGGGCUAAUCACGGAGCUCAGAAUUUAUACAAAAGCAUGUAUGUCAGCUGGGUGCAUCUAUGUAUAUAUUGUCUAUCGGCGAUGCAGACAGCCACGGUUUCGUGAUCGUUCAUAUAUGCGUACUGAGUAGCGCUAUUAUAGUUUCCAAUGCACCUAUAUAAUAAAUAUUCCAGUGUAUGCAUUGCGGGGACAGUGCUUUCGAUGCUUUGUGCAAGUUCGUUGUCGCCCGUCGCGUCAUAUGUAUGCUGAGCUCAUUGCACAAUGCACACUGGACAAUGCACAUGUCGCUUAGGGAAUAGGGACACUGCAAGUCAAAUACAAUGUGAGACAGCAAGACGACUACAUAUGUUUUGGUACCACUUUAUAUAAAUUUAGCAUUGGCUGAUCCUAACGGAGCCUGCUGCGUUCGAGUAGCCAAUGACUCUUGUAGAUCAGAUGUAAGUGAGUUCCAUGUCCUCCCAUUCCUGACUAAAUAAUUUGGCGGUUUGUGUGUUUUGAUCUCCAAUGCCUCCGUAGUA